UAUAGGAAUAAUUUUAUUCAUAAUUUUUGCUUACAUUUCAGGAUUUCUGUUACGUUUAGCGGUAGCAAACCCAAGCAGACCGUGCGGCUGCAGGCCGGUCUUCGAUUUCUGCGCCAACGACUACCACACAUACCAUAGCAUCUGCGAGUACAAGUGCAAACACCCCUCCACCCCGUUCCAGGACUGGUACAUUCUGUACCAAGGACCCUGUCUUGAUAUGUCGGACUUGUCGGAUACUCAACGAAGUCCUUCAUGCGGCGUCAACGAUAAAGGAUACGAGUGGGAGCCCAGUACCGGUAGCUGCUACAAAUAUCACCCGAUUAUAAAGAGCUGGCGAAGAGCCAGAGACAUUUGCUUGCAUGAGGGGGGACAACUGGCCAUCAUCAACAGCGUUACUGAAUCUUUAGUACUCAAGAAUAUUUACCUGAAGAACCAAAUUUAUAGACCGCCCCAUAUGGAUCCAAAUCAUGCUUUUAUUGGAUUUAGAAAAUCGAAUGAUGGCAAUUGGGUAACUGUAAAUGGUCAGUCCCUUGCUGAAGCAGGCUUCGACAGAUGGGCACCAGGCGAACCCAACAACUAUAACGGUGCGGAGGAAUGUGGCAGCAUUCGAGUCGGUCUUCUCAACGACUGGCCCUGCUCUAAGCACCCACUGCCAUGCAUUUGCGAGAUUACUCCAUAAUAAACUGUAAUUCCAAUGAUUAUUUAUAUAGGACUAGUUUUUGGCCGCGGCUUCGCUCGCGUUAGAAAGAGACAAAAAGUAGCCUAUGUUACUCUCCAUCCCUUCAAC